GUCAUUGGAAAGCAAAAGAGUAAAUCUAUUUUGAUUUCACUCGGGAUAGAUUAGUGGGUGUCAAAUGUUACACAAUACUUGACAUAUCCACUGCUGUUAAGCUGGCCGUGGCAAAGGGAUUACCCGAUAAUGAAUCACCAAGCUCUUCAGCCAUUUAAAGGGAAUCAUGCCGCUUCCUUGCCCUGGUGGUACUCUCUUUCCUGCCCGGGACCUUCCUGUGACAGUUCGUGUUUGGAGGUGGAAAACUCCACGCAGAUGUGCAAGCACCGGUUUGACAGCUUUGUGUUCAGCUUCUACCUUGCUAAUUGUUUUCGUGGAUUAUUUGGAUUGUGUAGAAAGCUUUUUCCAAAUCCCCUUUAUUACUGAAGUUAUUGUUGCCAGCAGGAAUAAGAUUAAAGGUGCUUAAGUCUGUAGAGUUGUUUCUAAUUUGUACGUGUCAUUUCAGUGGCAUUUGAACAGAACUCUGUCUCUUCCCCUCCCUGCUCCCCUGUGGUACCGUGCUUGAGCUAGGGCUGAGAAGCCAAGUCAUUGGAAGAAAAUUCAUUUUGUUCCCUAAUUAUUAUGCUGGCGCUCGGGAGAUAAUUUUUCCCUUCAUGCACUGCCAAUUAAUAUGCAAAUGAGCUGAUAAAUAUUUAUACCGUGAUUUAAAUUAUGCAGGGAGCGCUUUCAGUGUACUCUGCAAAUGAAUUGUUCAUGGACUUCAAAGUGCUGGCUGCUGUGCUAACGAGAGGAGAUUUGCAUAAGGCCCUAAUCAGGCGCAUACUGAUUAAGCUUCAUUAUGGAAACUGCCAGCUGCAAUCUUUGUUUCUAUUUUAUUACAAAAAGGGGAACUUUUCACGCUUCAGUCGCCUUGACAAUGUCAGACACAGCUAGUAGGAGAGACUAAAACUCCACAGAGCAACUGAAGUUUCCCUGUUCAGUUGAAGAUUGCUAUGGUGUAACUGAAGUUGUAUUUCUUCCCCCACCUCCCCACUCCCUUUCGUGUUCGGUCGAGAGCAGUAGUGUAGAUUUGAUAGAAAUUGCCAUUCUCCCUUUCCUUGGACUAUCUGAACCUGUAGAGGAUACCACAGCAAUGCUGGACUGCAGCGACUACGUUCUAGACUCAAGAAUGAACAAUCCGUCAGAAACCAGUAAAACAUCGAUGGAGAGUGGGGAUGGGAAUACAGGCACGCAAACGAAUGGCCUGGACUUUCAAAAGCAGCCUGUGCCUGUCGGAGGAGCAAUCUCUACAGCCCAGGCCCAGGCCUUCCUUGGGCACCUUCAUCAGGUCCAGCUCGCUGGAACAAGUUUACAGGCUGCUGCUCAGUCCUUAAAUGUACAGUCUAAAUCUAAUGAAGAAUCUGGGGACUCUCAGCAGCCAAGCCAGCCUUCCCAGCAGCCUUCAGUGCAGGCGGCCAUACCCCAGACCCAGCUCAUGCUGGCCGGAGGACAGAUCACUGGGCUCACGUUGACGCCAGCCCAGCAACAGUUAUUGCUACAACAGGCGCAGGCACAGUUGCUGGCGGCUGCAGUGCAGCAUUCAGCCAGUCAGCAGCACAGCGCUGCUGGUGCCACCAUCUCGGCCUCUGCUGCAACGCCGAUGACGCAGAUCCCUCUAUCUCAGCCAAUACAGAUUGCACAGGAUUUGCAGCACUUGCAGCAGCUUCAGCAACAGAAUCUCAACCUGCAACAGUUUGUGUUGGUGCAUCCAACAACCAACUUGCAGCCAGCACAGUUCAUCAUCUCACAAACACCGCAGGGGCAGCAGGGUCUCCUGCAAGCGCAGAAUCUCUUAACGCAACUACCUCAGCAAAGCCAAGCCAACCUCCUGCAGUCUCAGCCAAGCAUCACCCUUGCCUCGCAGCCAGCAACCCCAACACGCACAAUAGCAGCGACCCCCAUUCAGCCACUUCCACAGAGCCAGUCAACACCAAAGCGAAUUGACACUCCCAGCUUGGAGGAGCCCAGUGACCUUGAGGAGCUUGAGCAGUUUGCCAAGACUUUCAAACAAAGACGGAUCAAACUUGGAUUCACUCAGGGUGAUGUUGGGCUCGCUAUGGGCAAACUCUAUGGAAAUGACUUCAGCCAAACUACCAUCUCUCGCUUUGAAGCCUUGAACCUCAGCUUUAAGAACAUGUGCAAGUUAAAGCCACUUCUGGAAAAGUGGCUCAAUGAUGCAGAAAACCUCUCAUCUGAUUCAACUCUCUCCAGCCCAAGUGCCCUGAAUUCUCCGGGGCUGGGGAGUGAAGGCUUGAACCGUAGGAGGAAGAAACGCACCAGCAUAGAGACCAACAUACGUGUGGCCUUAGAGAAGAGUUUCCUGGAGAACCAAAAGCCUACCUCGGAUGAGAUCACCAUGAUAGCUGACCAGCUAAACAUGGAGAAGGAGGUGAUCCGCGUUUGGUUCUGUAACCGGCGCCAGAAGGAGAAAAGGAUCAACCCACCCAGCAGUGGUGGAACCAGCAGCUCGCCCAUCAAAGCAAUUUUCCCUUGCCCAACCUCACUGGUGGCAACCACGCCAAGCCUUGUGACUAGCAGUGCAGCUACAACCCUGACUGUCAAUCCUGUGCUCCCUCUGACCAGUCCUGCUGUAACUAGUCUGUCAGUCACAGGGACAUCAGAAACCACCUCCAACAACACGGCAACAGUGAUUUCAACAGCACCUCCAGCUUCUUCAGCAGUGACAUCACCUUCCCUGAGUCCUUCCCCUUCUGCCUCAGCCUCCGCUUCAGAGGCAUCCAGUGCCAGUGAGACCAGCACAACACAGACAACCUCCACUCCCUUGUCCUCCCCUCUUGGGACCAGCCAGGUGAUGGUAACGGCAUCAGGGUUGCAAACAGCGGCAGCAGCCGCGUUACAAGGAGCUGCACAGUUGCCUGCAAAUGCAAGUCUUGCUGCCAUGGCUGCUGCAGCAGGACUAAACCCAGGCUUGAUGGCAUCCUCACAGUUUGCAGCUGGAGGUGCCUUACUCAGUCUCAAUCCAGGGACAUUAGGUGGUGCUCUCAGCCCGGCCCUGAUGAGCAACAGUACACUGGCAACUAUUCAAGCUCUUGCAUCUGGUGGCUCUCUUCCAAUAACAUCACUGGAUGCAACUGGAAACUUGGUGUUUGCCAAUGCUGGAGGUACUCCUAACAUCGUAACUGCCCCUCUGUUCCUGAACCCUCAGAACCUUUCUCUGCUCACCAGCAACCCGGUUAGCUUGGUCUCUGCAGCUGCAGCCUCCGCGGGGGCCUCUGGACCAGUCGCCAGCCUUCACGCCACCUCCACCUCAGCUGAGUCCAUCCAGAACUCUCUCCUCACGGUGGCCUCUGCGAGCGGGGCCACGUCCACCACCACUACUGCCUCCAAGGCACAGUGAGCCGGGCUGAGCUGUGCUGCCAGCAGCCUGUUUCACUGUGCGGUGGGAUUGGCUGCCAGCGGGGUUUAUAAACUGAAAAUGUGAUGGGCAUCCUCUCGCCGUGUUGCUGGGGACAAGGGAGAGAAGGAAAAGAUAUAAAAAACAAAAGCAAAACAGGAAGGAUUUAAAGCUGGGACAGACGUUUGCCUAAUUUUAUAAUAAACACUGUCUUUUCAGGAUCGCUUCAUGGAUCGGAGAACUUUCUAACCAAAAAUGUAAAAAAAAAAAAAAAAACCAUAAAAAAAAUCAAAAAAACAAACAAACAAAAAAAAAACAAAAAACCACAAAAAAAGUGAAAGGACUACUUAUCAUUUCCAGCAGUCACAAUGACAAGUUAAGGUGGGUUAUCAACUCAAACAUAGGAAGGGGAUUUCCUGCUUCUUUUUGGUCUAAAUAUCUUUCUUUUUUAAUUAUCAUUUUAUAGGUCUGUUGUACAGGCCAUUAUGUCAUACAAGGUGUUUAUAAUCGUAUCAAUUGUGUUGGGGGUUCCUUUCUUAACUGGUACAAUUUAGGCAGGCCUGUAUUACUGGUGUAUCUCUAUUAUUAUUAUUAUGAUUAUUAUUAUUAUUAUUUUUAUAUAUAUAGUUUGGACGCGUUUGUCUUUUGCUCCUGGAUUAUAUUCAGUGAGCUCCCACACCACGGGGGGAGGGCGGGAAGGUGGAGAGGAAGAAUGGAGCACAAAUAGACUUUCUGUCCUCAUCUUCUGGGAACGUUCUGAACAGUUUCCUCAUCUCUGAAUUUGUCUAAUGGUUACUUGUAGGGGUCAGAAAAAUUUCUGUUCAUCAUUGUUGCAGGAAGCUUGGUGUAGCAGUAGAGAUCAUUGUGUGCAAACUUCCAGGCUGGUCUAUGCUUCUUAAGCAAAGGUAGGAAUUAGUUCUGAACCGCAGUUCUCUUUCUCUCAAUUAUUUAGACAAAAUGGCCAAAUUCUGCUCUUAGCUUUGUGUGCAUGGGUCCUUUUUAUGCCAGAGCGUAGGAUUUGACCUCCCGAGUCUAGAUUGUGUGACAUGCCGAUGGCUCUUCUGUUCUAUUGAUUUGAUUUUGCUGUUGAGAGCAUACACAAAUACUUAAAAACACGUUACCCAAGCUAAUUGGCAGCAUGUAAAGCAGCAUUUUCAGUCCUAGACUCCCUUCGGGUGAACUGGUACAGGACUUUAAGAGGUCAGAUUCUCCCUAUUCAUAGCAAUAUUCCUUUUCCGUUAACUCUGAUGCUUCCAACAUUGCAUUUAGGAAAAAACUUCCUCAUAAAAAAGUGCUCUGGCUACAAAACACAGAAGCCAACGAUCUGAGAACAGAAGUUACCAUCGUUUAUGCCAAUGCAAUUGAGCUGACUCUGGGGCUUUGCACAUACCUGGGUCAUCUUGUGUAGUGUCUGAGCUGUGAUGCUGCUAGCGAUGUAAAAAUGGCAGUGAGCAUGUCUGACCAGAGCCGCAGGGCUUGCCUGCCACCGUAACUAUCUUUUCAAGGUUGAUUCUGAUCCACGUAGCAAACGGCAUUUACAUGGAUGAGGAAGAGUACUGAACUGUACCGAAGUUAGAUCUGUAUAUUCUUAAAUAUACAAUCUAUCUAGUAUCUGAACCAAAAAAAAAGAUUUUUAAAAAGAGAAGACUGGAUCACUGCAAUGCAGUUCACUUUGAACUUUCCAUUCCUGAUGGAUUGAAGGUUUAAGAUUUAAAGGUUUCUGCCAUGUGUAUAAAACUAAACUACUUUUAGCUAGCAGGGGUAUUAGAAGAGUCCCUUUCCCCCACCCCCUUUUCUUUUGUCACCAGAGUGUCCUAAAAUAAUGAGCUGAUGCAGCUAUGUUCAUUUUGUUGAUGAUUCAGGGGGAUCCUGGAGCUUCUCAUCCAAGAUCCGGAAGGCAGCAACUUUAAACUUUACAUAUGCUUUGGUUUGUGACCUGAGCAUGUGAGAUUUGUGUUUGCACUCAAGUGGCAGAACCCCUUACCUUUCCCCCCACCACCAUGGUUUUGCUCUGUUCAACUCUAACUCUCCACCUUCCUGUUUUACUGAAUAUUUAAACCAAUUAUCCCUAAAACUUCAAAACUAGUGAACUGCAAGCAGGGAAACUAACAAAUGUCCGUCCACCGUUUCUAAUGUGUUUUUGAUUUUUUUAUGUUUUAUUUUUUUAAAACUAAGCUUGAACCAAAGUCAAUUUCUAGCAAGCUGCUGUACUAAUGGACUAGUUUGUAUAAGUGCAGUUCAGAUGCAGAGAGGCGAUAGAUGCUACUGACAAUUUCUUUUUCAUUUGUCUCUUGUUUUUAUUAAUUUUAUAUAAAAGUUGCUGCUUGUUUUUAAUCUUUUUUUUUUCUUUUAUUGGUUGGUUGGUAAUUUGUGUUAUCCUUGGGGCAGACUCUUAACUUGAUUUUAAUUUGUUUUCUUUUGUUUGAUGUGUAAAUAGAAUGGCAAUGUCAGGGGAUUGCUAAUCCAACAGGUCCCACCCUCAUCCCACCAGUAUGGAUAAAUCUGAGUAUUUUUGCUCUAUGACUUCAGGCUGUGCAGGAGACUUUUAGGGCUAGGAAUAAUCCUCAGAAACGGAAAUGGCCCAGAGUAAUAGCUUCAGAGCCGUAAAAGGUAUAGCUGGGUGAGCUUCAGGGAGGUAGGGAAGAAGUGGAAGAGGAGGUGCUGGUGCCAACUAUGUUGGUCUGAAGGCCAUAGCACAGACCACAGUUUCUACCAAAGGAAUGCAAGUCCCUGGGACUUGAGUUCAGUGAAGUAAGAGGAUGGGGAAACGUUCGUUCCUGACUCUGAAAGUUCCCGCUUACUUUCACGCCUGUGCAAAAAUACCACUUAUCAGGAAGCUUUUUUUGUUGCAGGGAGGAUACGACCGGUCGUUUCUCCGGUGUAUCCUCUAUUCCCUAAGGGUUUUGUGGUGGGGUGGGGGGCAUGAUCCUUGCAUAUAUGUAGGAAACACAAAGAAAGGUGGGCCUUAAAUCAGCGGAAAAUCCUCUCCACAGUUCAAAGAGACUGUGCCAUUAGCUGUCUGAAUGAGUUUUCAUGUCCCAUUCUUGCUGGUUUGUGGUUGGGAGAGGGUCUUGUUGAGUACAUAUCUGGAACACUAAUGCAGCUUGGAUGGUUUAUUUAUUAUAAAAAUCUGCUUUUUUUCCUGACUACCUUUGCAUUGGUCACAUGGCUUUGGUGUGAGCACCUUAUAUCCCCUUACCCUCCUCCUCUCUACCCUGUCAACCUCUCUGGGGCCCAGAUUCCAGGGAAUUUCUUAGCAAGUCUUUUUCUGAGAGAAACUGGAAGCGCAGAGUAGCCGCAUAUCCAGGAAGUGUUUGGUAUUGCUUGCAGAAGCUGACAUAACACCCAGACAGCACAUAUCCUGUGGUGUUUAUUACCAGUGUCCUCUGAUUCAUUGUCCUAAAACAUCCCGAUAAUUGACUCCUGAGGCCUGCUUUUCAUCCCUAGCAGUGUUUUGUCUCAUGGAUGCUGGCUAUCUCCAGUGUUUAGGUGAAAUCAAAUUGGCAGUGGAUGUACAUCUGCCUAGAUAUAACACGUAUGCUCCUUCAGAGCAUGAAAGGAAUAUGAGAUCAUGUACUAGAAUUUAGCAGAAGGGUCUUUUUUUAAAUCAUGAUCAUGCUGACAGCAGAAAUUGAUGCAUCUGAAAAGAGACAAUAUCAAUUGUAUGUAGACCUAGUAAAUACAGUCAAAAGGAAUUUCAUAGCAUGUUAGGAAAGGAUAAUAGCAUCUUUUUUUCAAAGCUCCAUGUCUCCAUAUUUAAAGAUGUGUGGGUUGCCUUUCAUAGCUGAAAGCAUGCCAAAGUACAUAUGCAGGAAAAGAGAAGGUGAAGAACUCUCUCAUUAUAUAUAGCCAAGGACAGUUAGCUCAAAAAGAGAGAGAUUUACAGAGACACAAAUACCGAUAUGCCCUGAAGGUCAAGAACAAUUUAGGAAAUGGCUUCAGGGUGUGAGGGUGUUGUAGGCUGGUGAUGAAAUUCCUGCUGGCGUUAAGAAAAUGUAUUCCAGUUUGGCUUUAGCACACUUGAUCUCCUUAGAACACACUUUCUGUAGUCACCGUAGAAUGAUUCAUGAAGAGCUCAUAGAAAGUGCACACAGAUACAGCGGCUUACAAGAGUCACAUCUGUCUAUGUAAUCUCCUUAAGAGGAUUUGUUUUGUUUCUGAGUUACUGUGCAGUGUUAGUCUAAGCACAUUUUUAGCAUUUCCUCCGAGGUGGUGCCUGUGUGCAUGCACUCGGUUGUUGGGGAGGUACCACGCUUGUUACAUGCACAAGUACCUCAUUCAUAAGAGUGUUUUUUCCCCCAGCCCAUAGGCUAACUUGUGGGUAACUUACGAUGACACAUCACUGCUCUGCUCCUUCUCAAGAUCCUCUGCUUCAGUAAAUAGUUGUCGAAACACAAGUUAAAUUGGAUUAAAAAAGUCAUUUUACUAUGAAUGGGAAGUCUGUGUUCGGCUGAACCAGCAAGGAGAGCAUGCUGAGAAGUUAGUUGGAUUUUCAUGUAGGAAUGUGCUGCUGCUGUUUCUCAGUACUUUGGUUUGAGUGCUGGUGAGGUUAUCUCGUAAGAGAAAACAAAAAUGCUAGAACAUUAAGAGGAAAACGUAUAUUCUGAUGGCUGAAAUUGUAGACAUUUUAGGACAUCAGAAGCUUCAGAUGUGAAUUUUCUCUUUAAAUGAACAAGCUGACAAAGAGAUUUUCAGUGGAAACAGUAUAGCUCCUGAUGCAUUUGGAACUACAGUUUGUGAUUUUUGCACCUCCUGAGUUAAUCAGGGAGAUGCCAACACUGAGCAAAGGAAGCUAUCUGCUGAUCUUACAUACAAGUUCUCUCAUAGUAAGGUAGCUUUUAAUUUGAGCAAGAACAAUGCACUCCUUCUACUUUUACCCCUUUUCUUAUUUUAAUCUUACAUACUUAACAGUGAGCAUUAAAUGUAGACAAAGAUUUGAUGCUUCUGAUCUUUUGGUAUCUUGCCAAAAUCUUUUAGGAUAAUUAAUUCCUUAAAAAAAGCAUAGAAAGAACCGGUUUUGCUCAGGGGGCAGUAAGAGAAUGGCUGUUACCAAAACACGUUAGAGAAAAUUCUCCAUGUGCAUCCAUGCCUACAGUUGUGUAAUAGAAAAUUUUGUUUGGUUGGUUUUUUUUACUUCUUUUGGAACUAUAACCUAAUGUUAUGAUUCAUUUUAAUGUUUAAAUGUCAACCUCUGGAAAGCCUUGUGGUGUGCUUUGGCUCAGCACACGUUUCUGCAGUUGAGUUACUGAAGGAGUCAGCAGAGUUAGUUCCUGGACUAUGUGUACAUUCCUGCAGAGCGGCAUUCUUUAGAAGAGAAGUUCCCUCUUUCUUUGUUACAGAUGGAGGAGAACCCGUUACAGCUGGAGCCGUGACAGAGAUGCUAAGCCAAAGCAACAUCUAAUUUACCUUAAACAUCAAUUGAUAUUUUCUUAGAUAAAAAUUUACUUUACAAAAUCAUCUGAGAGAGACAAGUAGCUUCUCAUGUUCGUUAGAGUAUUUUAGGACAGAGAGUCCAAACUUUCAAUGAUACUGGUUUUAAACAAGACGUUUAAAAUGCAGAUCUAUUUAUUGCCACAUUAACUUUAUUAAGAGUCACUAUUACCCUAUUCCUGUUCUGCCUGAAACGGCACAACGAUGUUUAUCCAUAGGGCUUGGAUAUAGCUGUUGGAUGUACACCUGACUGUUGCCUAGGGUGGAGUGCUGUACCAAAGGAGUAAGCUCGCCUGCUGCCCCACUGGGUUUGUGGCUGUCAGUCCUCACAUAGCCCACUCAAAUUCCUUUAUAUUUUUGCAACCAAUACCUCCUACUUCUCCCUCCCUUUCCAGAAUACUAUAGCAAUACAAAAUUCAAGAUGCAUACCUUGCAGAGUCAUCAUACCUGUUCAGUCAUUAAAUCUCACUCCUGUUGCUGCUCAUGAGUCCUUCUCUUCUUUCCAGCGGGGAGACCCCUAAAAUACUUUAAAGAUUUUUGACAGAGGAGGCUUUGUUGUAAAGUUAUUGACUCACAGUUUGUAAUUUCUUAAAAUGUUCAUAUCUUUGGCUCCGUGAUCUGAAAGGGUACCUGGUUCCCUGUAUGUCAGUGCUUACUGACAUAGUAUUGUCAGUAUGCAGUAGGAAGUAGCUGCAGUGCUUUGGGAAUGAUGAAGCGAUUCCCAUACUUGCAUAUUUACAUAGACAAACACACAGAGUAAUGCAUGAAAAAGAACACGGUAUUUGUUCAGCUUACCCAUCUUCAUCAGAUCCCAGGACGCUCAUGCUCUGAGCUUUUACCCUGGUGGGAUGCUGUUAGGAGAGUGUUAGGAAGAUUGCACUGGAAUUACAAAUAGUUCAACUGUGGGAGAAGAGAAGGGACACCUUUUAGUCGAGUCGACAAAUAAGCUCAGCAUGUAGAACGUAUCAGGUACUUCUUUUCUGACCAUAUUCCUAAACCCAAAGCAACUACUGGGCUUUGUCUUGGGGCUGCUUUUAGCUCUGGCAGCGAUACACUGCUAAGAACCGUCCGUAACUGGAAUAAUCUGGGCCCCCUCCCUCCCUUACUCUCUCCUCUCUCCCUCCUUGUUCCUUCCCCCAUCUUCCCUCAGCGAAAGGUAGCACCAUACAGCUCUGAGAACAAUACUUGUGGGUAGCAACUGGCUUCUGGCACCUUCAUAAAAUACCUCAACAUAGCUUAGCAUUGUCGCAGAACUGGUUUUAAACUGAAAAAAUCAGAAGAGAAAAGCAAACUUUAUAAAUAGUGGAGAUAAUUCUAGCUGUAGAGUUUAGUUGAACUGAUGUUUAUGAUUGAUAAACAUGAUUAUGCUGUAUGUAUUUGAGAUCCUGUUUAUAGGUUACAACUUUAUAGGGUUGGGUGGGGGUGGGAUGGAUGUUUGGGGCAGAGAAGGGGGUUGACUGUGUUAGAAGGAAAAUGUUUGCUCAUGAAUUUUUUUCCUUGUAUCUGUCUUGCCAAAGGAAACAUUUUGUCGCUCCUGGGUUUGGGAUUGUUGUUUGGUUGGUUUAUCUGUGGUCUAAUCUGCAGCACAGCACGUGGUGGCAUGCAGGUUACUGAUUGGGUUGCUGUUCAGGGUCCUUUCGAGUGUGCGCACACUUCCCUCCCUCUUGGCCUUUCCUUGCCCUUCGCUGGGAUCUAAAGAUGAGGCAACGCGUAUCCGGGAGGCUCAGGGGAAAGAAGAUGGCUGUACUGGGUUAGAAUCAACCUAGGUGGUGUAAAUCCAUUUCAGUUAGUUGAGUUGCUCCAGAGCUGAACUGGGUCGGUUGCGUUUAACUUCGGGGAGGGAGAAGAAUGGUUGUCGCAUCUUAAUCUAUCUGGGAGAGCAAAAGUGAAACAGGUUCCUUUUAUCCCCCUUGUCUUGUUACUGAAUGUAGGGCUUGUAGUGCUUGAUAAUAGGUGGAAAACUUUUUAAACACUUCCUUUUUCUAAUAGCAAUGCUAAUCCUGUCUAGACCAAAAACUAUGAAAGAAAAAACCAAACUGAGAAGUGAAAGCUAACCUACUCCUAACACCUGGCUGGUAUGCCCGAAAGGGUGGAAAUACUGUGAGACAGUCGUGGGAGAGGAGCUUCGAGGGGUUGUUGGCGAGGGAGUGGGUCGUUCUCCUGGCAUAUGUCUUGGUGGUGUGGUGGGAGUAGCAGAAGAGCGAGUGGUUAUUGCCUUGGGAGGGUGUUGCAGCCCCCUCCAUCUGGACUCCAAGGCUCCCUUCUCAUUUCCCUUCAAGGCGGACGGAACGGGCGGAGAAGGGAGGGGUGUGCAUGGGUGUGUGUGCAAGUGCGUGUGCGCCUGGCUGUGCGUGGUGGUCAGGAGAGGUGGGUUUCUAAAGGAGCUCGACUCCACUGGGGCGGGAGAAUUCCCAGUGGCCUCGUAGGGAACCAAAGGCACUGAGAAGUUGUCAGCUCUGCUGUUCUCGGAGCGGGUAAGAGGAAAAGCUGGGUGGGGUGGUUUUGAGCUUUGGGUCAGUGUCCCUUCCUGUAAGGACCUCGUCUCUUGUGGGUGCUCCUGCCUGUUCUGCGCAGAGUUGCUUUGGCUCUGUGCUGACAAACGGUGUGGGGACUUGCCCAGUGCUGCAGGUCCGAGGCUGAUGUUGGGAUACAGUCAGGGAAAACUGUUUCUUUCCUUCGAAUGUGGAAGCAGUGUAGUCCAAGGUCAGAGUCUGUUCAACAGCUUUUGUGUACGGUCUUUCUCUUAAGGGAGGGACCUUGAAGACUCCUUUCUUUGCUCCCCAAAGUAGCCUUGUACAUGUUCAUGUAUCGUGCUAUUGGGCUGAGUUGUUUUAUCAGUGAACUUGGUGAGCUCUUGUGAAGAAAGGGAGGGAGGAAGGGGGAGAGGUGGGUUGUCCAGCUACCCUUCCUCCGGACACCAAUCGGGUUGCAGAACUUCACUGAAAGCUUUACUAAUAGAAUUGUUGUUCUGACAUUAUGUAAAAGUGGUAUUAAUAUUGUGUGACUUUUCAAAGAGCUAGUUAGAUUUAUAGAUAGGUAAUAGGGAUUUUGAAGAAAUGACUUCUCAAAGAAAAGAGCACUUGGAACAAAAGAAGUGGAAAACAAGGUGUGCUUUAAGGAAAACAAAUCUGAGGAAGGAAAUGAAACAGCUUGUGGGAGGCGAGGGAAGAUGAUACCCUUUGGCGUUCCUUAGUGCUGCUGAGGCUCAGCCCCAGAACUGGAACAUACCCCCUCUGCCUUAUUUCAUCUCUCUACCAAACAGGACAUUGUCAAGUAGCUCAGACCAAAAUGCUGAUCUGUCUUAAAACUGUGUCGGUCUGCUGGUGAAUAUUCACCGGCAGAGCUUUACAUAAAACCAUGAGAUACUUAAUUUAUCACGUUAGCAUCCCCUUUCCUCCCCAAAUUUUCUCAUCUGUUGUAGGCCCCACUUCAGGAUUUGAACUGCCUUUGCUGAAUUUUGUAGCAGCAGCUACUUGAGCCCUAUUCCCUGAACGUGGUAGCUUUGUGUGCGGAUGAUGCUGGCAUGUUGCAGUGCUCUAGAAAUCUGAAAUGAUUGAAACGGAAGGAAUCCCAAGACCAUGGCGAUGGCGUGCCGAGGGGCAAACCGUGCAGGUCGCACAUCCCCCUUGAGCAAGAGCACCCGUGACAGUGUCCCGAGAACAAGGCAGUUGAGACAAACCCUUUAGUUCUUCCCCCAUUCACUCUCCACGUGUCGGCCUCUGUGACCCCGGUGCUCCCUGCACCCGAGCGAGUCCGAGGGGAAAGCGCAACGCGAAAGACUUGGAGAUCAGCGCCGCUCCCCGCGAGUUCUGGGGAGCUGGCACGGGCCUCCCUGCGAGGCGGGGAAGGGAAGGGAUCGCUGCAGACCCGCGGGCGGUUUGCAGGGUCUGGAGCAGCGCUGGUCCCCUCGCGUGCCAGCCCUCUCUGGGAAGGACCCAUGCAGUGGUAGCUGCUUCGUCCCCGCCAGUGCUAUUGUUCCAUUUCCUUCCUCUGUGGUAGUAUCUAAGGCUAGGUGUGAGUAGGUGUGGGGUGUUUAUCCGCCACAGGUACAGGAGCUGUCGUAUACCUCAUUUCUAACUCGUAACUGAGUAACUUGCUUUAACUUUCUCCAAACCCUACAGAGUUGCCAAGUCUGCCCUCCCUCCUUUGAUUAACACUGAACUCUGGCCUAUAGCACCCCGUGACCUGCAACCUGGGGAGUGACCCCCUAAACGCCUCUGAAUGUCGCUGCUUAAAAGCUACUGCAAAGUGAGGGCAAAUUGCAAUCGUACCUUUAUUUCCUUUGGUUACAAGGGGUCCUCUUGGUUAGUCUGUGAAUAUCCACCCCCUUCCCUCCACUCUCCGCGGAAAAGGGCUGCCCGCACUGCCUUUCCCACCCUAGGGCAGCGGGGCUGCGCUGAGCUCCGGGGCCCGGAGGCACGCUCGGCCCAGUGCUGCACACGUGCUACUCACUUUGUAACAUGACCAAAAAAGGGAAACAAAAACAAAAAAGGAAAAAGGAAAAAAAAAAAAAAGAAAUCUCCAGAUAUUUAAUUUUCUUCUUUAUUAUUUGACAAUCCUGUAUCCCUUCCCCUGCUCCCCAACCUGGCCAGAAGCUGCAUCCUUAACCCGGUCCAUCUUUAUUUGAAUGUAGUUCCCCUACCCCCCCAUGGGAAAGAGAAGCUUUGUCAGGUCACGGAGGCUGCUAUAAGUCGGGAGGGGGAGGUUUCUUUGUUUUGUUUUGUUCUUUUAAAAUUUCCAGCCAAAACCAAAGAUUUCCUAAUGAUUGUAUAAACUCAAAACAAACAAACAAACCAAAGACAAAGGGCGUCUUCAGCACCAAGCCCACCUGCGAGGCCGGGCCUGGCCGGGGUGAGGGUCUCUGAGCCCUGGCCCAGGGGCUGCCCCAGGCGAGGGGACGCUGCCCCGGGCCAGCCUCCAGAGUGCCCUGGGCACAGACUCAUGGGCCCGGGCGCUGGGAGGGGGCGGCCUUGGGCUUCGCAGGUGGGUUGAGGAGCUGAAGACUUGGGUGCAGGAUUGGCUGCUCUGCUGGGUGCUUUAACCCUCUGGGGGCUGGGUGAUGUUGAUUAAUACACGCUGAGGUGCACUUCUGAGCUUCCCCCCUCCCCCCGUCACUGCUUGGAAGAGGCUGUCCUGUGUGAGAAAUCCCUGAAAGAAGAAAAAAAAAAAACAGCUUUUCAUUUCUCCUCUAGUUCCUUUUUUCUAGAUUUCUUUUCUUUUUGCAGCACCACUGUGCAACUAUGCAUUGUAUUUCUCAACCUUUUAUGCUAGGUAGAUGCCUGUGACUUUUUAACUUUUGGGGGGGGGUUGCAAAUGGAGGAACUUUUUACAUGGAUCUUUUUAAUCUCAGUUGAUUGGGGGGUGUUUGGUUCUAGGGUCA